AGAUGGAUGUCCAUGGCAGAAUAAGAGAAAUUCUUGCUGAGACUAUACGGGAAGAAUUGGCACCUGAUCAACAACAUUUGUCGACAGAAGAUUUGAUCAAAGCCCUUAGACGGCGGGGAAUCAUUGAUGAUGUGAUGAAAGAACUUAAUUUUGUUACGGACAAUGUUGAUCAAGAACUCCCUUCCUCUCCACAACAACCUAUUUGUUUUGAUAGGCAAUCAACAUUAAAAAAAACUAAUAUUGAUCCAACACGGAGGUAUCUUUACCUUCAGGUUUUGGGUGGAAAAGCUUUCUUGGAACACCUGCAAGAACCUGAGCCUUUACCUGGACAAGUUUGUUCAACAUUUACUUUAUGUUUACAUUAUCGAAACCAACGUUUUCGUUCUAAACCUGUUCCAUGUGCCUGUGAACCAGAUUUUCAUGAUGGCUUUUUACUGGAAGUACACAGAGAGAGCUUAGGUGAUGGAACUAGAAUGGCUGAUUCUACAACAAUGUUAUCAAUAAGUGACCCAAUUCAUAUGGUGCUAAUCAAAACAGACAUAUUUGGUGAGACUACUUUAGUAGCAUCCUAUUUUCUGGAAUGGAGAUCAGUUUUGGGCUCAGAAAAUGGAAUGACCAGUCUGACUGUGGAACUUAUGGGUGUAGGCACAGAAUCAAAAGUUUCUGUAGGAAUCUUAAAUAUAAAACUUGAAAUGUACCCGCCAGUCAAUCAAACGUUAUCUCAAGAAGUAGUGAACACACAGCUUGCUUUGGAACGUCAGAAAACUGCAGAGAAAGAGCGAUUGUUUCUUGUAUAUGCUAAGCAAUGGUGGAGAGAAUAUUUACAAAUCCGUCCCUCGCACAACUCACGACUGGUUAAGAUUUUUGCACAGGAUGAAAAUGGGAUCAAUAGACCAGUCUGUUCCUAUGUUAAACCACUUCGAGCUGGGCGACUUCUUGAUACUCCAAGACAAGCAGCAAGAUUUGUUAAUGUUCUUGGUUAUGAGCGAGCUCCUGUUAUUGGAGGAGGAGGUAAACAGGAACAGUGGUGCACUCUACUGGCCUUUCUCUGUAGAAACAAGGGUGACUGUGAGGACCACGCAAAUCUUCUGUGCAGCCUUCUUCUUGGAUAUGGCUUGGAGGCCUUUGUCUGUGUUGGGACUAAGGCAAAAGGAGUACCUCAUGCAUGGGUCAUGACUUGUGGGACUGAUGGAACCAUCACUUUUUGGGAGAGUUUAACAGGACACAGGUAUAUCCACAAGCCUGUCAAUCCUGAUGAACCUCCACUUGCUGAACAACCCAAACCAUUGUACCCAUAUCGAACAAUUGGUUGUGUUUUCAAUCAUCAGAUGUUCCUGGGAAAUUGUCAACCCUCUGAUGCAGUAGAAACCUGUGUAUUUGAUUUGAAUGAUGAAUCCAAGUGGAAACCCAUGAGUGAAGAAGCAAUUAAAUCUGUGUGUGCUCCAGGAGCGACAACAUCCCUUCCUCCCUUUCCACCUCUGUGUGCAUCCACAAUUGAUGCAUCAGUAGCAAGUAAUGAAAUAGAAAUGCAGCUGAGGCUCCUGGUAUCCGAACACAGAAAGGAUCUUGGCCUCACUACUGUUUGGGAAGAUCAGCUCUCCUACCUUUUAUCACCAGCAUUGGCUUCUUAUGAAUUUGAGCGUACAACAAGUAUAUCAGCAGGCAAUGAAGAAUUUCAGGAUGCCAUAAGGAGGGCUGUACCCGAUGGGCACACAUUUAAAGGGUUCCCAAUACAUUUUGUGUAUAGGAAUGCAAGACGUGCAUUUGCCACAUGUCUUAGGUCUCCUUUCUGUGAAGAAAUAAUCUGUUGCCGUGGAGACCAGGUGCGACUGGCAGUUCGUGUUCGAGUGUUUACUUACCCUGAAUCUGCAUGUGCUGUUUGGAUCAUGUUUGCUUGUAAAUAUCGCUCGGUAUUAUAGGGCUAACAUUUCUAUAGGAAUUAUACCUGUGGUUGAUUAGAUUUUACACAUUGCAAAUUUCUUAGCUAUUUAGAGGUUCCUUAUUUUAAAGUCACAAUCUGGCUUGGAUAUCAAUUUCCAUUUUGUAUAUACCUGAUUGGUAAUGUUUAAAAAAAAUCAUGUUGUGUUUAUUUAAAAAUUAAGAAUGAAAAGCUUGUAUAAAUUGAAGUGGAAUUUAGUGUAAAUUAAGUGUGUAUUCCAUUUUAAUAAAUGCUACUUUGUUUACAGGUAUCAGUAGUUUAAACAUGAAUAUAAAAUUACUGUUUUCUUUACACUAACAAGUAAUCAAAGAGAUAUUUGUCUAAAGGUUUGAGCCAUAGUAAAGUCAAUAUGAUCAUUAUUUUUUGUUCAUUAAUGGGAUUAUUUUAUGCAAAUUAGGAGAAAUUAACCUCACAACAGAUUUAUUUAUUACAUAGGUAAAAAUAAAUUUUGGUGAAUUAUCACUUUUGUGGUUUACCCAUGGCUCUAGAAAUAUUUAAGACUUUCCAGAAAGCUAUGCUAAGACCUCAAAGCAAGAUAAGGAAAAACAAAUACCAGAAAAACAUAAAUAUCAGUAACCUCACAUGAAAGUAUAGGAAUAAUUUAUAUAUACUUAUCAGUUUGGUUUGUUAUAAGAAUGAAUUUUUUAGAAAAACAUUUAUUACACCUUUGUCAUGAUACUGAUAAAUUGUAAUCUUAGUAGUC